AUGUCUAGAAUGCCAGCUUUACUACCUGGUUUUACUCCUUUAUCAGAGGUAGAAAACCGUGUAGAUGCCACCGUCAAUCUUUUGGGUGUCGUUGCGGACACUCGUCCACCAAAAAUGUCCGCAGGCUCAGAUUGGAUGGUGACUUUCAAGAUCUGCGAUCAAACUUGCCCAGACGAGGCGUCUAGUGUGUCUAUACGUGCUUUCAAACCGAUUAUGGAUCAGCUCCCCCAGAUCCGCUCAAAUGGUGAUAUUAUUCUCAUCAAAUCAGUGAAACUCCAACGGUACCAGGACAAGAUCUUUGGAAUAACUUCGUUUACGACGACUUGGAUCAUCAGCUAUCUACCCGCCAUUUCGAACACAGUCCCCUCAACUGUCACAUUUCCUGCGUCUAUGAGACCACAGCCAAUGGAACUCUCUCAGUUGAAAGGUCUCCGCAACUGGUGGUCUUCAGUUGGUGGUGCAUCAUCCACGGGCAAUGCACACAUGGGAAACUACCAAAACAUACCUGUGGGCAGCGGCUCAAUGCCUCAGACAAACUAUCAAAUGCCCCCCUUAAACAAUCAUCAGGUCAUGGCACCUCAAGGAAACACCUACCAAAAUCAAGCGCCAGGCAUAAAGAAAGGAAGUCUCAAAUUUUCCUUAAUCAGGGAUAUGCAAGUUAACAACUUCUAUGACCUGAUUGGCCUUGUCGUCAAAACAUUUUCGGCAACCCAGAACUUUACUCUUUACAUCACAGACUAUUCUAGGAAUCCUAUGGUUCAUUCUUACGAAUGGCCUGGAAACAAUGCUGGUGAGGAGGAUGAGGAGGGUAACUUCUCUCGAGCCAAGAGGGGCGACGGAAAAUGGCCAGGGCCAUGGGGUCAGUAUACCUUGCAGAUUACACUCUGGGAUGAGCAUGCAGUAGCUGCGAGACAAAUUCUGCAGGAGGCUGUCGGUGUUUAUGUGGGUCUAAAAAACGUUCGUGCGAAAAAAAACGGUGAUGGAAGGCUAGAGGGUGUUUUACAUGGCGAAAAAACGAUGAGACCAGGUUUAUAUCUUAUAGAUGACAUGAGAGAUCAGCGAGUCAAGGACAUUAUCCAGAGGAAAAAAGAGUACACCAGGAGGUUCAAUGCCAAUAAGAACCAGCACGAACAGGAGCAGGAAGCCAGGAUGGCUGCGUUAAGGAAGAAAAAGGCCGAAGUGGAAGCAGAGAGAAAAGAACGUCAAGAGAAAGGGAAUCAAUAUAUUGAUUGUGAAAGACAAGAGAGCGCCAUCCCAACACCGUUAUCGGAGAUUCUCCGUGCCCCUUGUAUCAACAGAAACUACCACGUAUUCUGUCGUGUAGUCGAUUACACCCCGGAAAAGCUAGAGGAUUUCUCUAAGGAAAUUAAAGUGAACAAUCCAAACGAUGAUUACAAAUCCCCUACCGAUCCUUGGAUUUGGCGCUUUGCGCUACUACUCCGAGACAAAGAAGGUCAGGAAGCACGAGUUAUAGUUGAAGGGAAAGAUGCGGAGGGGUUUCUCGGUCUGGACGCGGUGGACCUCCGAAAGGAUAAGAUGGCCCUCUCAUGCCUUAGAGAAAGACUCUUUCUAGUUUGGGGCGAUCUUGAAGAACGCAAGAGUAGAAAGAUGCUCAAAGAGGCCCAGCCAUUGAAAAGAAAGCGGAAUAAUGACGACGGCCCUAAAAAGAAGCGCGAAACAGAUAGGCUCGGGAGGCCCGUUAAGAGACAUAGUAAAGAACCGAGCUCUGAUCUCGACACCAUCGACAGUGAAGGUGAUUCCGAUUCUGAUGAAGAAGAUAGUGGGGAGCGUGGAAAGAUGUUUCUAUCUUGCAUCAGAGAAUAUACGGUUAGUGGGAAGAAACUACACAAGUUAUUUGGCACAGCUAUUAGGUACAGUUAG